GAUUUUAGAGCUUGUUAGCUGAACUCACACUGUCAAGCACAGGUUGAUUGUGCUUGGCUCACUGACGCUGCAUUUCCAGCCAACUUCUUCUUUCACUAGAUGAUAAAAACUGUUCACAGGAUUGCCAUCCAUGGUUUCUGCCCUAAUCAAGACUAUAUCUUCCUACUUUGAAAAGAUUUGCAAAGGAAUGUUUACAAAGAAAUUGGCAAACCCAAUAAAGAAGAAAGAGAGAAGCGAAAAUAAAGAGCCGAAAUUGACCACUGAUUUGCAAGCACAGAAUCUAACCAUAUCCACCACACUGAAGACAACCGUAAAAAAGAUUUCCAAAUGCUCUUCGGCACGUAACAUAUCGCUUGAAGACGACGACGGAAAGAACGACUGCUCAUCCCUGUCACCCACAUUCAGUUAUCGUGUUGCUAUAGCCAAUGGACUUCCGAAAAGCUCUCUGUUUUUAAAUAAUAAUGAAAGUAUCUUUCCUGAGGUUCUUUCGAUUGACAGUAGUUAUUCUGACUCUUUGAGUGAGACCAAACCUGUGCGGAGACUGGAUGAGCAUAAAUCACACACUAUGCCAGUAAGACGAAACAGGAAGAGCCUCAUCAGUUUGGCUCCCUCUGAUGGCAGCUCUGAGGGUGAACGAGUGGAACGCUCCAGUCUACACACGCUGAGGCUUGGUGCUCUACGCAAGCUAAGAAAAUGGAAAAAGAGUCAGGAAUGCGUCUCCUCAGACUCAGAGGUCAGCAACUGGAGAAAAACUCUGGGAAUCAGGAGCAAAUCCUUGGACCGUGCUGGACGGCAGCAAAAAAGUUCGACUCUGGAGCCUGGCUCCUCCUCCACAGGUUGCAUCAGUCAAACCCAGGAUGUAAUGGAAAUGAUUUUCAAGGAGCUUCAGGGUAUCAGCCAGAUAGAGACAGAACUGUCUGAGCUUCGUGGCCACGUAAAUGCCCUGAAAAGUUCCAUUGAUGAGAUUUCUAGCAGUGUAGAAGUAGUUCAAAGUGAGAUUGAGCAACUUCGUUCUGGAUUUGUCCAGUCUAGAAGAGAAACACGCGAUAUUCAUGAUUACAUUAAACAGAUUAGCCACCAAGCUAAUAAUUCAACCUUGCGUUUCCUGAACGUUCCUGAAGAAAGGUCAGAGAAAACGGAGAGUGUGAUAUAUAAAAUACUGAAAGAGAAAAUGGGUCUUGCUGAUGCCCAUAAAAACAUUAAAAUUGAGCUUGCUCAUAGGCUGGGGCAACAAAGAGAAUGUUCUAAUGCAAAACCCCGGCCUAUCAUUGUUAUUUUUGCAACACCUCAAGAUAGAGACAUAGUCCUGAAAAAAUGUUAUAAACUAAAAGGAACAGGCAUUACAGUUUCUACUGAUAGUUUAACCCAUGAUGGAAAAGAGAGAAAAGACAAAGCAAUGUCAUCCUCACAAACCUAUGAAAGCAUGGAUGUAAAGGUCUCAGGAAAAGACAAAGUAGUUGAAAGUGAUGACUGGGAUUCUAUGGACAGUGACAAAGAACUGGACGAAUUAAGCAGAAAUAAAUAUGCAAUGGUGAUUUCCAAGCCAGUUCACAAGAGCAAAUCAGAGAAAAGGCGGUCUCAUGACCAUAGUCGGUCAGGAGACGAUGCAGGCUACUCAGGCACAGUUCACUAUGCUGAUGACUCUUACUAUGACCCAGACAAACAUGCAAAAGCUUACUACUCUGAUUUGACCCCUGGUUGGCUUUCCCAGAGUGACUAUUCCACGCCUAAACUCAGCCGUUCCGAGUCUGACUGCUCAAAACUUUGCCAGUCAUACUCAGAAGACUUUUCAGAGAGUCAGUAUUUUACACGGGCAAAUGGCUGCUCCCUGCUCUCUUCCUCAGAUCAGGAACUAUGGCAAAGAAAACAAGAAGACAUGGCUUCUUCUUGGUAUGCCAGCCCUAGUCACGCCCUUGGCCAUGGGAAUCAUAAUGAGGUUGAGACUACAGAGACUAUUGAUAGUGGGGUUAGCAAUGGGCUUGUAUGCAUGUCAGGGGACAGAAGUCACUAUAGUGGCUCCCAGCUUUCUCUCCAAGGUGAUUUAUCACCCUGGAAAGACUGGCACCAUCUCGAACAAGGUGCCGAUUCUGGGUUGGAAGCUUCCAUAGAAGUUAGCAGUCCAUUUGACCCGUCAACCAUCCCAGGUUUUCCUGAAAACAUCACUAAAUGUCAGGAAGUUGAUUUGCAGUUUGAAGGAGAUGAGGAAUUCAUGAUGCUUGAUAGAGAAGCUUCUCUACCACCUAUUACCACCCACAUUAUUGCUCCUAUUACAGAACGGGAAUCUGUUAUCAAGACAUCAACCCGGCACUCCAAAGAGGGGUCUAAGGUUAUUACAAAAGAAAGCACGAAAGCAUCAUCUAAAGAUACCCCUAAAGGUACCUCUAAGGUGACCCACAAACAAGCUAAAACAUCUCAGAAAGAAGAGGCAACUAAAAUAUCCCAAAAGGAGACUCCCAAGGUAUCUUCUAAAGUUUCACCUAAAGUGACCUCUAAAGCUGCUCCUAAAGAGCAAGCAAAAGAGACUCUAAAACAAUCUGUUAAAGAAAACUCUCAAGCUCUCCAUAAAGAUAGUCCGAAACUUACACUUAAAGACUCCCCAAAACCCACAGUUAAGGAAGUUUCAAAAGUUACAUCUAAGGCAGUGUCUAGUGAAACUGUGAAAACUUCCUCUAAAAUAACCCCAAAAGAUAGUCCAAUAAUAACUCCCAAAGAUAGUCCCAAGGAAUCUCCUAAAGAGAGCCCUAAAAUAACCCCAAUCGACACUCCAGUCUUGACUCCAGUCUUGACUCCAGUGUUGACUCCAGUCUCGACUCCUAAAGAGUCUCCGAAAGAAUCUCCUAAAGAAUCACCUAAAGCUGUAGUAAAACAACCACCACAGAUUGCAACUAAAGAAGUUGCAAAAGCAGCUGCUAAAGAGGUUACCAAAGAAGCAUCAAAAGUACUCCCUAAAGAGACUCCAAAAGAAAUACCGAAAGUAACAUCUAAAGAGACCACUAAAAUCCCCUCGAAAGAAGUAGCGACAACUCCACCUAAGGAAGCUGCUAAGGUGGCCCCUAAAGAGAGCCCUGUAGUGACCCCUAAAGAGACCGUUAAAAUAGCACCAGCAGAACCCCCUAAAGUAGCUCCAAAAGUAGUCUCUAAAGAUGUUUCCAAGGACACUCCCAAAGUAGCCUCUAAAGAUGUUUCCAAGGAUACUCCCAAAGUGGUUCCUAAAGAUGUUUCCAAGGAUACUCCCAAAGUGGUUCCUAAAGAUGUUUCCAAGGAUACUCCCAAAGUGGUUCCUAAAGAAAAAUUCCCUGAAUUAGAUGUGAACCACAGCUUUCACCAGGCUCAGAGUAAGACUACAAGUAUGUAUCGUAGUCAGAGUGAGAUCCGAACAGAAAAAGUUGAGGAGGUUCCAAAGUCUUGGAGCAGUAGACUCAGCAUAGAUCUCAGCGAAAAAUCUUUCGGGUUUGGUUUCGGAUCUACUCUGCAGAGAGCAAAGUCAGCUCUAGAGGUUGUCUGGAAAACAGGGUCUCAGCCGACUCCACCUCCUCCUGAAGAGCCAACCAAUUCCUCAUCCUCAUUCAUGGGGCGCUUCCGCACCCUUUCCACUUCUGGAAAUAACUCCAGUGCUACAGUAGACUCAGAUGCCAGCACAGAGCCUGUCUUCCUCAAGGCUGAUGAAGAGAAAGCAGCUGAAGAAGCUGUGGAACAACAAGAGGAUAGCGAGACACAUUAUGUUGAAGUGAUGGAGCAAGUGUUAGCUAACUUGGAGAAUAGAACUAACACCAAUGAGACAGAGGAAACAGAGGAGCCUGUUCAGGAGUGUGAAACUUCUCAGGACUAUGAUGUGUCUGAUGAUGCUGAGGCCUCUCAAGAUGAUGCCUUGGAGGAUUUUGAGGCUUCUCAAGAUUUGGAAGCCCAAGAAGACUAUGAUGCCACUAAAGAGGCACAGGUUCUGGAGUAUGAUUGCAGUUUGGAUGAGCAGUACGAUGAAGAGUACAAUGAGGAUUAUGACGCCCAUCUUGCUGAGGACAAUGCUGAAUAUGAUGCAAUGGUGGAGUAUGUAGACAUUGAGGAGCCUGACGAGACUGAGGACAACGACGUGACAGAAGAGAUGGAAGAAGGCGAGGAAGAGAUUUUGGAGAUUGAGGAGAUAACAGAAGAGGUUGCCGAGGUUUCUGAACAAGUGGAACAGCAGCAGGAGGAUGAAAACAAAAAUGUUCCAGAGGAAGAAAAGCCCGUGGAGGCACCACCCAAGAAGCGCAUUCGACCCACAUUCAAAGAAGCAGCGCUGAGGGCCUACAGGAAACAGAUGGCUGAACUGGAGCAGCAGAUCCUGGCAGGGGAUACCAGUGCUUUGGAUACUCAGCCUCGCAGUCUUUUGGAUCCAAAAGUGCUCGGCUUACAGUCUGGAGGGGCUGGCAGUAUUCUUUAUGGUAUUGACAGCAUGCCAGAUUUACGCCGCAAGAGGACAGUGCCUCUUGUCCGAGACCUGGCUUUGACCCUCACUGCUCGAAAGGCAGGCAUCUCGUUCGCUCUGGUGAACCGGUCCACCCUCAAUAACGAGGACCUGAAACUGCACGUCUUCAAGAAGACUCUCCAGGCCCUGAUCUACCCGAUAUCAUCCACAACACCCCAUAACUUCGAGGUGUGGACGGCAACCGCGCCCACCUACUGUCAUGAGUGCGAGGGUCUGCUGUGGGGCAUCGCCCGGCAGGGGAUGCGCUGCUCCGAGUGUGGCGUCAAAUGCCACGAAAAGUGUCAGGACCUGCUCAACGCGGAUUGUUUACAAAGGGCAGUGGAGAAGAGCUCCAAGCACGGGGCAGAAGACAAGACCCAGAACAUCAUCAUGGCGAUGAAGGAGCGUAUGAAGAUAAGAGAGAAGAACCGGCCUGAAGUGUUUGAGGUGAUCCAAGAGAUGUUCCACAUCUCCAAAGAGGACUUCGCCAGCCAUCUGAAAACAGCCAAGCAGGCCGUGCUGGACGGGACCUCCAAAUGGUCGGCGAAAAUCAGCAUAACAGUCAUGAGUGCACAGGGUUUACAAGCCAAGGACAAAACUGGUUCCAGCGAUCCAUACGUCACCGUCCAAGUGGGCAAGACCAAACGCAGGACGAAGACCAUCUUCGGCAACCUCAACCCGGUUUGGGACGAGAAGUUUUACUUUGAAUGUCACAACGCCACGGACCGCAUCAAGGUGCGCGUGUGGGACGAGGACGACGACAUCAAAUCACGAGUGAAACAACAUUUCAAGCGAGAGUCCGACGAUUUCCUCGGCCAGACCAUCAUCGAAGUUCGCACUCUGAGCGGAGAGAUGGACGUUUGGUACAACCUGGAUAAGAGGACAGACAAGUCUGCAGUAUCUGGCGCCAUCAGACUCAAGAUCAGCGUGGAGAUGAAGGGCGAGGAGAACGUGGUUCCUCCUCAUGGCCAGUACACCUGUUUACAUGAGAACCUGUUCCACUACCUGACCGAGGUGAAGAGCAACGGGGUGGUGAAGAUCCCGCAGGUGAAAGGGGACGAGGCGUGGAAGGUCUACUUUGACGACGUGUCUCAGGAGAUAGUGGAUGAGUUCGCCAUGAGAUACGGAGUGGAGUCCAUCUAUCAGGCUAUGACGCAUUUCUCUUGUCUGUCCGCCAAGUACAUGUGUCCCGGUGUGCCAGCAGUUAUGAGCAACCUGCUCGCUAACAUCAAUGCCUACUUUGCCCACACCACCACCACCACCACAACCACGGCCUCCGCUUCCGACCGAUUUGCUGCUUCUAACUUUGGGAGGGAGAAAUUUGUCAAAUUGCUGGACCAGCUGCAUAACUCACUGAGGAUCGACCUGUCCAAAUAUCGGGAUAAUUUCCCCGCUGGAAACCCUGAACGUCUGCAGGAUCUGAAGUCUACCGUCGAUCUGUUGACCAGCAUCACUUUCUUCAGAAUGAAGGUACAAGAGCUCCAGAGUCCACCGCGGGCCAGUAUGGUGGUGAAGGAUUGUUGUAAAGCGUGUCUGGACUCGACAUACAAAUACAUCUUUGACAACUGUCACGAGCUGUACAACCAGCUCCUCGACCAGAGCCGAAAGCAAGACAUUCCCAGAGAAGAGCAGGGUCCGUCGAUAAAGAACCUGGACUUCUGGCCGAAACUCAUCACUCUCAUGGUGUCUGUAAUUGAUGAGGACCGUACAGCAUACACCCCAGUCAUUAACCAGUUUCCACAGGAGCUGAACGUGGGCAGGAUCAGCGCCGAGAUCACGUGGAACCUCUUUGCCCUGGAUAUGAAGUAUGCAAUGGAAGAACACGAGAAGCACCGCCUAUGCAAAAGCACUGAAUACAUGAAUCUCCACUUCAAAGUCAAAUGGUUCCAUAAUGAGUACGUCCGCGAGCUGCCGGCCUUCAAGGGAGUCCCGCCCGAGUAUUCACUGUGGUUCGAGCCGUUUGUCAUUCAGUGGCUUGAUGAGAACGAAGAUGUUGCCAUGGAUUUCCUCAAUGGAGCGCUGGAAAGAGACAAAAAAGAUGGAUUCCAGCAGACCUCAGAGCACGCCCUCUUCUCCUGCUCAGUCGUGGACGUGUUCACUCAACUAAACCAGAGUUUUGAGAUUAUCAAGAAGCUGGAGUGCCCGAACCCGCAGGCUCUGGCUCACUUCAUGUGCCGCUUUGCGAAGACUAUCAACAAAGUUCUUCUGCAGUAUGCUGCAAUCAUAUCCAAGGACUUUCCUUUGUAUUUGAGUAAGGAGAACGUGCCCUGCAUCCUUCUCAACAACAUUCAGCAGCUUCGUGUCCAGUUGGAGAAGAUGUUUGAGUCCAUGGGUGGUAAACAGCUGGAUGCAGAGGCCAGUGAUCUGCUAAAGGAGCUGCAGAAUAAACUCAACACCGUGCUUGAUGAGCUCAGCGGCGUGUUUGGCUCCAGUUUUAAACCUGUGAUCGAGGACUGUGUGAAGCAGAUGAACCAGGAGCUGGUCCAGAUGAAAGGUCCGAUCAAAGGGAACAACCCCGCCCUGGAUGCUGAAACUGUCCUUCGGCCUCUGAUGGAUCUUCUGGAUAAGAAUUUGAUGCUGUUUGCCAAGAUCUGUGAGAAGACAGUGCUGAAACGAGUCCUCAAAGAGCUGUGGAAAAUCGUGCUGAACACCAUCGAGAGAACAAUCGUUCUGCCUCCGUUGAGUGACCAGAGCCAAGGAGCCCAGAUGAUCUUCAGUGCUGCCAAGGACUUGGGACAACUGUCCAAACUGAAGGAGCAUGUUAUUCGAGAGGAAGCCAGAAGUCUGACACCGCGCCAGUGUGCAGCCAUGGACCUUGUGCUUCCCACCAUCAAGCAAUACUUCCAUGCCGGAGGAAACGGACUGAAGAAAACCUUCCUCGAAAAGAGUCCUGACAUGAAGUCCCUCAAAUAUGCUCUCAGCCUUUACACUCAACCUACAGAUGCCUUGAUCAAGAAAUAUAUAUGCACCCAAACCUCUCAAGGUCAGUCAUCCAAUGGAUCGGUGGGGGAGGUGUCGAUGCAAGUGAAUCUCAUCUCUCACCCUGGCACCGGAGAGCACAAAGUCAGCGUGAAGGUGGUCGGCGUGAACAACCUCAUCUGGCAGACCAACGCCAUGUUCCGUCCAUUCGUAGAGGUCAAUGCCAUCGGCCCACACCUGGCUGACAAGAAGCGCAAAUUCAGCACCAAGACCAAGAAUAACAACUGGUCACCAAAGUACAAUGAAACAUUCCAGUAUGUUCUGAGUAAUGAACACGGGCCGGAGGCCUACGAGCUGCACGUCUCGGUAAAGGACUACUGCUUUGCCCGCGAGGACCGCAUCAUCGGCAUGACGGUCAUCCAGCUCCGAGAGCUGGCGGACAAGGGCAGCUGCUCCGCCUGCUACCCGCUGGUGAAGAGCAUCUCCAUGGACGAAACCGGCCUCACCAUCAUGAGGAUACUCUCUCAAAGGACCCACGACGAGGUGGCCAAAGAGUUUGUGCGUCUCAAGACCGACACGCGCUCGGCGGAGGAAGUGUCAUAAUGCGCGGUGAAAAAUGCAGUAUGA